AGCCUCCUCAGUCAUUCUCCCGCUGUCAGUCAGUCAAGCUGCCUCCUCUGGCUGCCUCCCUCCUCAGUGAUUCUGCCUCCUUAGUCAGUCAGUCAAUCUGCCUCCUCAGUCAGUCUGCGCAGUUAACCGCCAGCAGCGCCACCGGGUGCAGGAAUAUCCUGACGAAAGACUGGACUCCACGGAGAAACAGAUGUUGCUGCCAUGUUCAACACUGGCAUCCAAAGGAGAGCAGAAACUCAUCUGACUGAAGACCUUUUGCACACUUUCAGCUCCCUCAUUGUAGAAACGUUCAGUGACUCUCCUCCUAGACUGAAGUCCAACAUCAACCACUGCUCUAGCCCACCCACUGAGACCUUCCACUCAUCCAAACACGCUUUCCUCUCACUGGACUGGCUUUAUUUUUGGUUCAUCCACAAAUGUCUACCUCACGAAUAAAAGACUACACUCCAACUCGACAACCUUGAACAGGCUUCAACAUGAGCUCCAUUGAUCGAGAUGACAACAGCAUUUUUGAUGGGUUAAUGGAAGAAGAUGAAAAGGACAAAGCCAAACGAGUUUCCCGUAACAAGUCUGAGAAGAAACGCAGAGACCAGUUCAAUGUCCUCAUUAAGGAGCUGGGUACCAUGUUGCCAGGCAACACCCGUAAGAUGGACAAGUCUACUAUUUUGCAGAAAAGCAUUGACUUCCUGCACAAACACAAAGAGAAUGCUGCUCAGUCGGAAACAACUGAGAUCAGACAAGACUGGAAGCCUCUGUUUCUUAGUAAUGAAGAGUUCACCCAGCUGAUGUUGGAGGCCUUGGAUGGAUUUUUCCUCGCUAUCAUGACUGAUGGGAAUAUAAUCUAUGUUUCUGAGAAUGUGACUUCUCUAUUAGAGCAUUUACCUGCUGAUCUUGUGGAUCAGAACCUUAUAAAUUUUCUGCCCCCGGGGGAGCAAUCUGACGUGUACAAAACUCUGUCCUCACAUGUCACAGAGGGAGAGACUCUAACGCCGGAGUAUCUUAAAACAAAGAAUCAGCUUGAGUUCUGUUGCCAUAUGCUUCGAGGGACAAUCGAUCCCAAAGGGCCUCCUGUGUAUGAAUAUGUUAAAUUCAUUGGAAACUUCAAAUCGCUCAAUAAUGUGCCUAACUGUAACAGAAACGGUUUUGAUGGAGUGAUCCAGCGAUCGCUUCACUCUACAUUUAAGGACUCAGUGUGUCUAAUUGCGACCGUAAGGCUGGCCAAACCACAGUUCCUCAAGGAGAUGUGCACAGUUGAGGAGCCUAAUGAGGAAUUUACCUCUAGGCACAGUUUAGAGUGGAAAUUUCUCUUCUUGGACCACAGAGCACCUCCCAUCAUAGGGUACCUCCCAUUUGAAGUUCUGGGUACUUCAGGAUAUGACUACUACCAUGUUGAUGACCUGGAGACUCUGGCCAAAUGUCAUGAACACUUGAUGCAAUAUGGGAAAGGAAAGUCCUGCUAUUACAGGUUCCUCACUAAAGGACAGCAGUGGAUUUGGCUGCAGACACAUUACUACAUCACUUACCAUCAGUGGAACUCCAGACCAGAGUUUAUUGUCUGCACACACACUGUUGUCAGCUAUGCUGAAGUACGAGCAGAACGGCGCAGGGAGCUUGGAAUUGAAGAUUCUCCCCCUGAGGUCAAAGCUGAGAAGUCCCAGGAUUCAGGUUCCGAGUAUCGCCUCAACGCCUUCAGCCUGAAUGAACCCCUGGAGCAGUUUGACCACAGCCGAACACCAUCAGCCUCGUCACGCAGCUCACGAAAAUCCUCCCACACUGCCGUUUCCGACUCCGCCUCUUCACAUCAGAAGAUUCAGGGAGAUACAAGUAACCUGGGUCAACAGCCUGUCUCUGUGGAAAUGACAUCACAACGAGGAUCAUCGGGCAGCAGUCAGUUAUCGAUGACCUCACAGAACACAUGUCAGAAUGUGGCGCCCCCCAUAGUUUCACAACAGCAGCCUCAACAACAACUUCAGAACAACCAAUCAGCGCAGUACUCUAACCAGCUAGAAGCCAUGCAGAAUCUGAAGAAGCAGCUGGAGAAGAAGACCAGGAUUAUUGAGGAUAACAUUCAGCGGCAACUGGAUGAGUUGCAUCAGAUCCAAGUGGAGCUCCAGAGGGUGCAGGGGCAGAGUCUGCAGAUGCCUCAACAGAAAGUAGACGAAGGACUUAACCCCAGCUCUGCUCAGGCCCUGCAUAGCAGCUCUGGCCAGCAGGUGGGGCAGCUGAGCAUUCAAAACCAGGUGGUCCCAGCGGUGCCUCUGCAGAACAGCAUUCAGCAGCAGGCAGUCCAAGCUCAGUCCCAGCAACAAACACUUCUAAGGGACCAGAGCACAGUGCAAUCACAGUCUCAACACUCGACACUGACUCUGCAGCCUCAACAGAAUCUUCUCCCAGGGUCCAUCUACAAUACUAUGAUGAUCCCUCAGCAAAACCCGGCUAACAUGGUUCAGAUUUCCACAAGCCUGGCACAAAACACAGUAUCCAGCACUCCUGCUGUUGCAACAUUUGCACAGGACCACGCUGCUCAGAUAAGGUUUCCUACAGCUCCUCAUUUACUCACCAAACUGGUCACAGGACAGAUUCCAUGUGGGGUCAUGGUUCCCACAAGCAUGAUUAUGGGUCAGGUGGUGACGGCCUUUGCUCCUCAGCCGGGCCAGACUCAGACCUUCAGCAUUUCUCAGCAGGAGCAGCAUCAGCAUGUACAGGCACAGUCCCAGGGCUCAGCCCUACAAGCAGGACCUGCUCCACUAGCCCAGCAACAGACACAGUUCCUGCAGGCUCCUCGGCUCCUUCAUGGAAACCAGCCCACCCCCCUUAUUCUCCAAGCAGCAUUUCCUUUCCAGCAGCACAGUAACUUCACUGCUGCAGCCCAGCAUCCGCAGCAGAAACAGCAGCAGCAGCUGGCUGCUCACCGAUCAGACCGAUCUGAGCGCCCAUCUACUCAGCCGCAGUAGCUGACAAAGUAAGACCGGCCAAACUCAGACAUGCAAAGCUGUAACCGUUGAUCCCGCCUCCGAGGCAGAAAAGAGCCUGAUUGGCAGUCCUCCUUCUCUCAAGGGUCUUUUCUAUUAAACAAGACUGCUAAUGGGAAGAGUUGAGCAGAGAACCAGGACUCCGCCUUUAGAUUUGGACCACAGCGGAGUCAGGAUGUUAUCUUUAACUUUGUCAAGCUGAACUGUCGGAGGAUCAGGCCGUUUAGUUUUUGUUUUCUGUAUAAAAAUAAUCAUGGGUCAGAAAAUAUUUUUAUGAAUGUGGUGUAGAUUACAGUUUAACUGUACAGAAUAUCAUGUGUAAUAUAUUAUGUAUAUAUACAGAAAAAGAAAUGGCUAAUAUUUUAUAUGAUGCAUGAAAUGCAUUGUUGUUCUUUGCAGCUUUGAUUAUGUUUUUUCCCCCAAGGAUUUUAAGACAAAAAGAUCUUAAUGCUCAGUGGCUGAUUUUUUUUAACUUGCUCUCUCUUGCAGGGAUGUGUUUGUGUGUCUGCAUAGCAGACAGGGCUGAUGUUAUUGUCCCACUUUUUGUUACCCUUUAUUUAAAUACUAUUAAUUACAACUGUCUAAAUGAUUGGACACAUUUCUGGUCUUUUUUAAAAGGUGUGCUAAACGUCCAAGCAGUGAAAACCCUCAGAUAUUGUUCAUGAAAUGGAAACUACCUACUACCAAGAUGAAGCUAAAUGGAAGAAUUGUCAUCUCAGUCAUUCAUAUCUUAAUUUAUUUGUCUCCUUUUCUGAAUAUCUUUCAAUCUCCCAUUUCUGUCUGUAUAAUUCUUCAAGAUGCUCUACUUCACAUUUAUAUAAAAAAAGAGAGAAAUAUUUAAAUGGAAA